GAGCUAUUCAUAACCACCCACCCCCCCUAAAAAAAUCACCGAAACUUAUCGAAAUCGAAAAUGCAGGCAGCUCUGACCUUUGCCCCAAACCUUGUUCCCUUGACACCUUCGAGGAACAUCUCCCAGGUGGCCAGCUUUCCUCCCAGAGUAGCAGCCUCCCUUACUUCCAAACGUGGCUCUCCGAUCAAAGCUGCGACCGCUUCAUCUGACCCUUCCACCGUUGAUUACAGUUCUCAGACAUCAGUGUUUCCUGCUGAAGCAUGUGAAACUAUAGGAGGUGAAGCAUGUUCGGCUGACAUAUACCCUGAAGUGAGGCUGCAGCCACAACCCGAGAAUGACACUACACAAUCAGAGAAUGUUGAAAGAGAAUAUCUCGAGUAUAAUGAUGCGAAGACGGUUUUCCAAGGAGAGGCUUGUGAUGAUCUUGGAGGAAUUUUCUGCGAGCGUGAGUAUCAGAGGGGUGUCUACUAGAGAAUAAAAAUAAAAAAUGCUUACUAGCAUCCCGAGUUGAGCUAGAUUUCAACCGCUUGUAACAGUAAUGGUUGUAUAUAGUACAGACCUCUGCCUAUACUAUGUUUAGUUUUCUUUAUAACGAAAUAAUACACUUCAAAUUUAUAAGCU